AUGGGUGGUGUUCUUGCCAUUGGGUUUCUGCUUUGCAACUUGCUGCUGCUUUUUGAUACUUCAUUUUCACAUCCUUUAUGCAUUGAUUCAAGGGCACCUUCUACCCUGAGUAGCCCACUCAAAUUUUGUUCUUACAAUGAAACCGCUUGCUGCAACUCCACAGAAGAUUUACAAAUACAGAAACAAUUCCAAACCAUGAACAUCUCCAAUUCUGGCUGUGCUUCUCUCGUAAAAUCAGUACUUUGUGCGAGGUGCGAUCCAUUUUCCGGUGAGCUUUUUACAGUUGAUUCUGUGCCCCGGCCAGUUCCUCUACUUUGCAACUCCACUGUUUCAGCAAAUUCAUCCCAGUCUAUCCAAGGAGUGAAUGAUUUUUGCUCUAACAUAUGGGACACAUGCCAAAAUGUGUCUAUAUUGAACUCUCCCUUUGCCCCUUCAUUACAAGGCCAAGCUGGAGUGCCAGUCAAGUCCAAUGUUAGUGAGCUGACCAAACUCUGGCAAUCGAAAGCCGAUUUCUGCAAUGCAUUUGGUGGAGCCUCUAGUGAUGGAUCAGUAUGUUUUGGUGGUGAACCUGUCACUCUAAAUGAUUCUGGAACUCCAAUCCCCCCACAUGGUUUGUGCCUUGAGAAAAUUGGAAAUGGAUCUUACCUCAAUAUGGUUGCUCAUCCUGAUGGCUCCAACCGCGCAUUUUUCUCCAGUCAACAAGGCAAGAUUUGGUUGGCAACUAUUCCUGAAGAGGGAUCAGGAGCGGCAAUGGAGCUUGAUGAAUCCAGUCCCUUUGUGGAUCUAACUGAUGAAGUUCAUUUUGAUACUGCAUUUGGAAUGAUGGGUAUGGCAUUUCAUCCCAACUUCGCACAAAAUGGCCGGUUCUUUGCUUCAUUCAACUGUGAUAAGGUGAAGUGGCCAGGAUGCACAGGAAGAUGUUCAUGUAAUUCAGAUGUCAAUUGUGAUCCUUCAAAAAUAGGUUCUGAUAAUGGUGCUCAACCAUGCCAAUACCAAACUGUUAUAGCAGAGUAUUCUGCUAAUGGUACAGCAUCCCAGCCUUCCUUGGCAACAAGUGCCAAACCAUCAGAAGUAAGAAGGAUAUUUACGAUGGGCCUCCCCUUCACAGCUCAUCAUGGAGGACAGAUACUCUUUGGACCAGAAGAUGGGUACUUAUACCACAUGAUGGGAGAUGGUGGGGGUACAGGUGAUCCAUACAACUUCUCUCAAAACAAGAAAUCCUUGCUUGGGAAGAUUAUGAGGCUUGACGUCGAUAACGUACUAAGCGAGGCAGAAAUUGAUAAACUUGUUUUAUGGGGAAACUACUCCAUCCCCAAAGACAAUCCAUUCUCAGAAGAUCCAGAAUUGAGGCCAGAAAUUUGGGCUUUAGGACUAAGAAAUCCUUGGCGCUGCAGUUUCGAUUCUGCUAGGCCUUCCUACUUUAUAUGCGCAGACGUUGGGCAGGAUCUAUAUGAAGAGGUGGAUGUUAUCACCAAGGGUGGAAACUAUGGCUGGAGUUUUUACGAGGGCCCAUAUGUUUUCACUCCUCCAAAGUCACUUGGUGGAAAUACAUCCAGAAAACCUACAGACCCUAUUUUCCCCAUAAUGGGAUACAACCAUUCUGAAGUAAACAAGAAAGAAGGAUCAGCAUCUAUAACCGGCGGCUAUAUCUACCGGUCUGAGACUGAUCCAUGCAUGUUUGGAAGGUACUUGUAUGGAGACUUGUAUGCUGGUGCCAUAUGGGCAGCCUCUGAGGACCCAGAAAACAGUGGCAACUUCAGCUCAAGCAAGAUUCCUUUCAGCUGUGGACGCGACUCUCCGAUAGCUUGCAGCUCUGUCCCGGACAACAGCCUUCCAGCUCUAGGCUACAUCUUCUCAUUCGGGGAGGACAACCGAAAAGACAUCUUCAUUCUAGCCAGCAGUGGUGUUUACAGAGUUGUUCGUCCUAGCCGUUGCAACUACACUUGCUCCAAGGAAAAUGUCACUGCUGUUGCAACCCCUGGACCUAAUGGUUCACCUAGUUCCCAUGCCACAUGGUUAUCAAGCAACCCUUCCAGGAAUGUAGUGCUCCUAUUUUCUCCUCUAGUGUUGCUUCUCCUCAGUUUUGUCUAA